UGUUUGUGUGUGUGUGUGUUUGUGUGUGUGUGUGUGUGUGUGUGUGUGUGUUUGUGUGUGUGUGUGUGUGUGUGUGUGUACAGUCUUGUGUUUGUGGUAGUGAGAAGAGGGGUAGAAGUCUGUAUGAUUUUAAACCUGUGCCCGUCCCUUACUGGACAAUCCUGGAACCCCCUUACCCAGGAAUGACCACUCUGUACUGAUUGAUUGGAACCUGGCUGAGAUGAGCAGGAGGGCUGAUUACACUCCAGUAAGAUUACUACACUGUGUACUGGACACACUCGACAUAAUGCUGAGGGAGCUUCCUCACUCUCUCGGGCUGGACUGCAGUGCGUCUGCGUCGGCUCGCCCUCCCCUCCCCCCUCGCCCCCCAGCCAUGGCCUCACGAAUAGGGCUGCGGCUGCAGCUGAUGCGAGACCAGCUGCAGCAGGAGGAGCAGCGGGAGCGGCAACUGCAGCAGAAUGCGGCGCUGCAGUACAUGCAACAGCAGCGUAUGUCUGCCCCAGCACCCAGCCCUGCCAUCAACGCUCCACAACACUGCCAGAGCAUGCAGGUGCCUGUGGAGGUCCUCAAGGUGCAGACUCACCUGGAGAACCCUACAGACUACCACAUUCGCCAGUCCCAGAGACAACAGGUGAAGGAGUACCUCUCCACCACCUAUGCCACCAAGCAGACAGUACAUGCAGUAACAGGGGUGGUCCAACCAUCCCCUCCCCCCACUCUGGCUCCCCCGGGGGCCUCUUCCUCGGCCCCCCCUCCUCUCCACUCCCCCGGCUCCGUACAGAGCAGCUUCACAGGAAACAGCGCCCCUAACAGCCCCAUGGCCAUGCUCAACAUCGGCUCCAGCCACGAGAACGAGAUGGAUGAGGUCAUCGAUGACAUCAUCAGCAUGCAGUCGAGCUAUGAUGACAUCCAGCAGUACAUUGACCCUGUUCAGAUGUCCAACACACUCCCUCUGUCCAGCAGUCACCUGGAUGUGUACACGGGUCCUGGGAUGACCGGUCAAUCCAUUGCCAUGACCAGCAACUCCUGCCCUGCCAACCUGGCCAUCAAACGAGAGCUGACGGAUGCAGAAGCCCGUGCGAUGGCCAAGGAGAGACAGAAGAAAGACAACCACAACCUGAUUGAGAGAAGGAGGAGGUUCAACAUCAACGACCGGAUUAAAGAGCUGGGCGGUAUGAUCCCCAAAACCAACGACCUGGACGUGCGCUGGAAUAAGGGCACUAUUCUGAGGGCUUCAGUAGAGUACAUCAAGCGGAUGCAGAAGGACAUGCAGAGGACCAGAGAGGUGGAGAACAACUUCAAGAGGAUGGAGAUGGUCAACAAACAGCUGUGGCUGCGCAUCCAGGAGUUAGAGAUGCAGGCUCGUCUGCACGGCCUCCCCAGCUCCUCUCCCUCUGGGAUGAGUUCUGGUGACCUGAUGGGUUCCUACGUCAAACAGGAGACCAGCCCUGAGGAGAAGCUCCAGCAGCAGCAGGCUCAGGCCCAGGGCCAGCAACACCUCCACCACCCCCAGUCCCACCACCUCCAGCCUCAGCAGGGCCAGCUCAGGCAGCUGCCCCCUCUGCCCCCUCACCUCCAGCCCCAGCUUCCCCUCCAGUACUCAGCCGUGGGCAGCUCCCAGCCCUUUGACUUUGCCCAGUCGCUGGACUUGUGUGACGGGGUGCCUGGCUUCCCAGAGGGCCUGUCGGGGCUAGGGGAGCUGGGCGGCCUUGGUACCCAGGGAAGGAGAGGCGACCUGGGCUUCCUGAUGAUGGACGAGCCCCUGUCUCCUCUGGGUGGAGACCCUCUGCUCUCUGCCAUGUCCCCUGAGGCCUCGGUCGACUCCAGCCGCAGAUCCAGCUUCAGCAUAGAGGACACAGAUAUACUGUAGAUGGAGUAUACACACACACACUGUAGAACCACACACAGAGUGUGUACACACACACACUGUAGAACCACACACAUAGUGUGUACACACACACACUGUAGAACCACACACAGAGUGUGUACACACACACACUGUAGAACCACACACAUAGUGUGUACACACACACAUAUGGUACGUAUUGUACACACAGUAGAAAUACACCCGAGCGAGCACUGAUAUACUGUGACAUGCUUAUGCUCUGUUCAACAACCCAGCCAGCAUACAUUUGCACUCUAAACUCCCACACACACACUCCAAGCAUGCUGUACAAACACUGAUACACACUUACACACACAAACUUGACAUUCUCAUAGAUGCACACCCUUUCUUAGCACUCGUAUAGAUACACAUUCAACAGCAAUAUGAGAAAUGAAACCACGUUUCAGAUUGAAAUAAUUGUGUCCUACCACUGUAAAUAUCAGAGCACCUCUGAAUGAUAAACAAUCUAUUACGCACGCACACACACGCACAGCACAGACAGAUUCUAGUUCACUCUAACACAGAAGAAACCCUGUUAUUUGAAAUGUGAGGCACUGACAAAGGUUUGAGACACAGACCUCGACCCCUGAUUUUGUAAAACACACUGGCAUGACCUCGAGUCUGCAAGCUACUGCCCUCUCCUGUGUCACCUAUGACCUUUAGCCUUAAGGGUACUGCCAAGUCCACUCCAUGACCUCUGACCCCUGUGUGAACUCUGAACGUUGAGGAGAGAUGGUUUGGCCUUGAUUGUGAGGUGUUGUAGCGAUGUAAGGGGUUAUAUAGCUCCACAGGUUUCUAAGUAGUGCCACUGUGUAGCAUCAUAGGGUGCUAUGUAGCGAUUCAGGAUCUCCUGUAGCCCUGACCCAAACCUGCCAACGGGCCUUGUGUUAGCCACCUGAAGACCCACUCUCUCUGGCUGAGAUGGAGGGUGGGAGAGGGUUGUCUUUUAGUAAGUUGUACUGUAUAGUUAGGAGAGAGAGGAGGAGUCAUAGAGAUUGGCUUAGAUAACCCAGUAAUGUCAUUGUCUCCACUGUAACAAACAAACACACACACACACACACACACACACACACAGCAGUGUGCCUUGAGGCUGUGUUCAAAUCAAGACUUUGAGCGAGACUUCGGUACCUCACCCAGUCUGUGCAUGUAGAACUGUCAGCUUUGGGUCAACCAGGUUAAACUAGACACUCACCAGGUACAAACCAAACCAACUCUGUAGAAACCAAACUACGGCCGUACAAUACAUAAAUAAACUAACAGGAAAACAAAUCGCUUUCAGAUUUGGGUGAGGGACUGAGGUCAACGCUUUGAUUUGAUAUGGCUUAUGAUCAGUACAGAGAAAAGGAAGUAAAAUGAUGAAUUUAAAGGUAUUUGUUUAUAUUCUAUUAUAGUUUGUUGUUUUAUUUGAUUUCAUCUCCCAAUGCACUGGAAGCUAUAUUAUUUAAUUGACUUUGUACAUGAAAGACUUUUCAGUUUUAUGCCACUUAAAAUGUAUUUUAUUUGUAUUUGUCCUUUUUAUUUUAUUCCUAAAGUACCUUUUUCUCUAAUAGCCAUUUAAAAGUGAAAGUAUUCAAGCCACUUGCGUGACAGUGUACGACCAGUGGGGAGCCAUAUUCUAUACUUCUCUUUGUGGAAGAAUUAUUCAAAUUUCACCAGGCUUUGAAGAGUUUAGAAGAUCAUGUACAUUUACAGUAUGAUGUCAUUUUUAUAUUGAUUGGGAUUUUCUCUCUUUUUUUAACCUAUAGAAAUUGGAGCCAGAGACUAAGUUUAGAGGUGAUUUUAUUUUAUUUUAUUAAGUUUUAAUUGUGAUUUUUGUGAAUGUGGAGAUGGCCUGUACCAGUACCAAGCCAAACCCAAGCAUCACAACAACAGGGUAUUUUCCUUCAUGGUGCCACUUUUGACCCCGACUUUGGUUUCCAUUUAGACUACUUCCUUCUGAUGGAAGUCAGAACUACCAUGGAGGAGUUCUGUUGCCAUAGCGUUGGCACAGCCGUGAACCAACCUGACCUUCUCUCUGUCUGCCAGAGUUCCCCUUUACCCUUUACCCUUUACCCUUUACCCUUUACCCUGCUCCAAUGUUUGUCAUCAAUUGUUUUACUUUUCUGUAUAUUGUCCAGCCAACAUUUUAAAGAGCUUGUCUGCAGAUAAUGUGGCGUGUUGUCCCCUCUGUGACUGUCCCCCUCCCCCAUGUCACUGUAUUCGACUGAUUCUGGCCGACUGGUCAGGGGAAACUGGCAUUCUGGUUUUGCUUUGGAUAUAAAAUGUUUUACCAAAAUCCA